AUGGGGAGAGACAACAUCCUAACCUUUGCUGUGCUGUGUAUCUUCCAUGUUUGGACUCUGGGUGUGGACUCGAAGAUGGUUCAUCUCCAUCAGCCUGGUCUCAAUUCCAGCAUACCCUUAGACAUGGUCCCUGACUCUGUUGACGACAUGUAUAACGGCUGCACUGAACAAAUGUACAACAAGGUGCAGAAGGAAUAUCUUGUACAUGAAAACAAAGAGCCCUUCAAAAAUGCCUGGAAGUGGGCCGAAAGGUGUGCAAAAAAUGUGAAGGAACGAUUCCGAAAGGACAAGUCUGAGUACAAUGUUGGCAACAAACUUUCACAUAAUCAUAUCAAGGCUAUCUGUGCUUACACAACAGGUCAUCCUUCAAUACACUCAGAGUUCAACCAAGCAGUCCGGACCAAUAGAUAUGAGUACACAACCUCCUUCCAGUUCCACUCCCUGCAUUUCCUCCUGACUGACGCCAUUCGCCUCCUGAAAAAAAAACAAUCUUGUCACAUCACAUACAGAAGAACCAAAAGGAAGUUUGAGGGGAGAGUUAACAAAACUAUUAGAUUUGGCUACUUUGCCUCCAGCUCUCUUAACAAGGACAAUUCUGAAUUUGGAGACAAGUCCUGCUUUGAGAUAGAGACGUGUUUUGGCGCUUACCUGAAGUCCUUCCCCAAAAUGGGGACAAAAGAAGAGGAGGUGUUGAUUCCACCCUAUGAAGUGUUCAACGUUACUGAAGUACUCAAGAAAGAAGAUGAUCCAACACUUUGGUGUGAUGUUGUGAACAAACUACAGAGCACCAAAAUAGCCAAGAGUAACCUGAAUUGCAAAAUGUUUAAGAAGCCAAUUAUUAAUUAA